AUACUAGCUCUGUCCAUUUCUGAUCCAUUUUCGUCCUUUUAACAGACCAUUCUCGUCCCCAUUUUCGUGUUCAUAACCCCCCAACCCAUCUCCUGCCCCAGUAGAGAAAAUGAGUAUCCAAUGGGUCACAUCACACGCUGCUAUCUUGUCUAGCGCAAACUAAACUAGUGAGCAGCCAUGCCAGCCAGGUCGUGCAAGACCAAUCUCGUCAAGAGCCAUCGCUCGCGGGAAGGAAUCAAUUUUCCACGCCACUGUUCCGUUCCGUUCGCGCGCAGACAAAGACUUAGACUAGUCAACUCUCAGCACAACCAAUAUACUAGUCCAACUCCUACUACUAGUUAACUGUUGGUGAUUAGCGCUAGAACCUAGAAGUAGUAGUACUCGACUUCCACCAGAUUCAUCCAUCCAUUCCAGCCGCAGUCGGUCGGCAGGCAGGCACCGAUCGAAUCCCCAAUUCCCCAUGGCCAUGGCGCUCCUCCGUCUCCGUCUCCUCCCCUGCCUCCUCCUCCUGGCUCUCGCCGGCGCCCAGGCUCAGCAGAUGACCUCCUUCCCCGCCGGCAACGACACCAGGCCCUGGCUCCCGACGGAGGCCAGCCGCGUCCUCGUCUCGCCGAGCCGCGGCAUGGCCGCCGGCUUCGUGGCGACGGAGGGCUCGUCCCCGCGCAAGUACCGCUUCGCCGUCUGGGUCGCCAACGUCUCCUCCCGCGCAGGCCCCGCCGGCAAGACCAUCAUAUGGUACGCGCACGGCGACUCCGACGGCGUCGCCCUCGAGGCCGACGGCAGCUCCUCCCUCCUCGUCAACGCCGCCGGGGCGCUCACCUGGGCCGGGGCCAGCAGCACCAACGCCACCAUCUGGUCCCCGACCAACGCCGGCAACGCCACGGCUCCUAGGCUGACGCUCAACGACACGGGGAGCCUCGUGUUCGGCUCCUGGUCUAGCUUCGACCAUCCCACUGACACGCUCAUGCCGGGGCAGGCCAUACCCCAGGCAGCCAACACCAGCGCCGGCGGCGUUACCACGCUGCAGUCUGCCAGCGGACGCUACCGGCUCGUCAACUCCAAGGCGCUCAAGUACUACUCGGGCCCCUCGGGCUCCAUCUACGCCAACAUGACCGGCGGCGGCGCGCUGCUCAACCUCUCCACCGACGGCGAGCUGAUGCUCGGCGGCGGGGACACGAAUCCGCUCAUCGCCUCCGACAAGGGCGCUAAAGGCCGGCUGCGGCGCCUCACGCUCGACGACGACGGCAACCUGCGCCUCUACAGCCUGUUCCCGCCGAGACGCGAGUGGCGCGUCGUGUGGGAGCUCGUGCAGGAGCUCUGCACCAUCCAGGGCACCUGCCCCGGCAACAACACCAUCUGCGUCCCCAAGGGCGCCGACGGCGUCACCUGCGUCUGCCCGCCCGGCUUCCGCAACAGGACCGGCGGGGGCGGCUGCGAGGCCAAGAAGAGCGUGGGCACCGGCGGCAAGUUCGUCCGGUUGGACUUCGUGUCCUUCUCCGGCGGCGCGGCCGCCAAGUCCUCCGACCCCGGCCCGUUCAUGGCCAUCCAGCCGCCCAGUAACCUGAAGGUCUGCGAGAAUAUGUGCCGGGACGACCCCAGCUGCCCGGCGUUCGGCUACAAGUUCGGCGGCGACCGGACGUGCCGCCUGUACAAGACGCGGCUGGUGGACGGGUACUGGUCGCCGGGUACGGAGAUGUCGACCUUCGUGCGGGUGGCGGAGACGGACAACGACACGAACCCGUUCACGGGGAUGACGACGAUGAUCGACACGGUGUGCCCCGUGCAGCUGGCGCUGCCGGUGCCGCCGAAGCAGAAGGCGACGACCAUCCGCAACAUCGCCAUCAUCACGACGCUGUUCGCGGUGGAGCUGCUGGCGGGGGUGCUGUCCUUCUGGGCCUUCCUGCGCAAGUACUCGCAGUACCGCGAGAUGGCGCGCACGCUGGGGCUGGAGUACCUCCCCGCCGGCGGGCCCCGGCGGUUCUCGUACGCGGAGCUCAAGACGGCGACCAAGGACUUCACGGACGAGGUGGGGCACGGCGCGUACGGCACGGUGUUCCGCGGCGAGCUCCCCGACCGGCGGGCGGUGGCGGUGAAGCAGCUGAGCGGCGUGGGCGGCGGCGAGGCGGAGUUCUGGGCGGAGGUGACCAUCAUCGCGCGGAUGCACCACCUGAACCUGGUGCGCAUGUGGGGGUUCUGCGCGGACAAGGACAAGCGCAUGCUGGUGUACGAGUACGUGCCCAACGGGUCGCUCGACAAGUACCUCUUCUCGAGCUCCUCCUCGGCGGCGCCGUCCGGCGGCAGCGGCGGCGACCAAGGAGAGCAGAGCUCGGAGCAAGGGCAGCAGCAGAAGGUGAUGCUGGACCUGCACACCCGUUACCGGAUCGCGCUGGGGGUGGCGCGGGCGAUCGCGUACCUGCACGAGGAGUGCCUGGAGUGGGUGCUGCACUGCGACAUCAAGCCGGAGAACAUCCUGCUGGAGGACGACUUCUGCCCCAAGGUGUCCGACUUCGGGCUGUCCAAGCUGACGAGCAAGAAGGAGAAGGUGACCAUGUCGAGGAUCCGGGGCACGCGCGGCUACAUGGCGCCGGAGUGGGUGAUCCACCGGGAGCCCAUCACGGCCAAGGCCGACGUGUACAGCUUCGGCAUGGUGCUGCUGGAGAUCGUGUCCGGGCGGCGCAACUACGGGUUCCGGCAGGAGUCGGUGGGCAGCGAGGACUGGUACUUCCCCAAGUGGGCGUACGAGAAGGUGUACGUGGAGCGGCGCAUCGAGGACAUCAUGGACCCCCGCAUCCUCCUCACCGUCGACGACGACGCCGACAGCGUCGCCACCGUCGAGCGCAUGGUCAAGACGGCCAUGUGGUGCCUCCAGGACCGCGCCGACAUGCGCCCCUCCAUGGGCAAGGUCGCCAAGAUGCUCGAGGGCACCGUCGAGAUCACCGACCCAGUCAAGCCUACCAUCUUCUGCGUGCAGGACGACUAGCCUUCCCUCCUUACUUUCAUUAUAUUUAGUCACGCUACUAGUCGUAGUAUUAUACUGUUAAAACAAAGCCAAAUUGUUAGUUACGUGCAUAAUAAUAUAAUAUCCGAGAUUCAAUACA